AUGAGAUUAGGUAUAUCCAAUACAAUACCUCUUUUUGUAUUCCUUAUCAUAUCCGUGAAAGCAAAGUCGUUCGCUGACCGUGAAAUUCGAUAUACACUGAAAGCGCAAGGAGUAGGUGCAGCAGGAACUUUCAACAUUGGUCCAAGCUCCGGUAUUGUGAAGCUCGCUAAAGAAUUGGAUUUUGAGGAUCUACGACAACCGCACAUUUAUUCCCUCUUAGUCACCGCUACUGAAGAUUCUGGUGGUUUUUCAACUUCAGUUGAGUUGACCAUAAGAGUAUCUGACGUGAACGACAAUGCCCCGAAAUUCGAGUUGCCCGAUUACCAAGCCCACAACGUGGACGAGGACAUAUCACUGGGCACCAGUAUAUUAAAAGUGAAAGCAACAGAUGCGGAUUCCGGCGCUAACGCCGAAAUAGAAUAUCUGGUAUCAGACGACCAUUUUAGCGUGGACUCCAGCGGAAUCAUCGUCAACAAUAAGCAACUGGAUGCGGACAACAAUAACGCUUAUUACGAGUUCGUUGUUACCGCCAGAGACAAAGGAGAACCACCAAAAACUGGAACAGCAACAGUGCGAAUAUACACGAAGAACAAGAACGACGAGGAACCAAAAUUCUCUCAGCAAGUAUACACGCCAAACGUGGACGAAAAUGCUGGAUCCAACACCCUCGUCACAACCGUGGUCGCCUCGGAUAAGGACGGUGACAACGUACGAUUCAGAUUCGUCGGUGGCAAUACUACAUCCGGCCAGUUCGUAAUCGAGGAAAUCACGGGUGUAAUUCGGCUACAAGGAGACAAAAUAUCUCUGGAACGAGACAAAUACGAGUUGAACGUGACUGCUGUCGACGACGGAGCUUGUUGCCCUAAUGGAGAGACCACAACUCAUACCAGUACAGCGGUUGUCGUGGUCUUCAUCACGGACGUUAACGACAACAAACCGGAGUUCAAAGACUGCAGUAUGUACAAUCCGAAAGUUGAAGAAGGAGCACCGAACGGUAGCACCGUCAUCAAGGUUCAAGCUACGGAUAAAGACAAAGGUGUAAACGGACAAGUUAAAUAUUCGAUCGUGCAACAACCUAAUCAGAAGGGAACAAAGUUUACCGUUGACGAAGAAACUGGCCAAGUUCUGACGAACAAGGUAUUUGAUCGUGAAGGAGAUGACGGAAAAUUCGUGUCUGUUACUGUUAAAGCAACAGAUCAAGGUGAGCCUUCUUUGGAAGGUGUGUGCUCCUUCACUGUUGAAAUUACGGAUAUUAAUGACAACCCACCGCUGUUCGACCGACAGCGAUACGUAGAAAACGUAAAACAGGAUGCGAGUAUCGGUACAAACAUUCUGAGAGUAUCGGCAUCGGACGAAGAUGCCGAUAAUAACGGCGCUAUAACAUAUUCCUUGAGCUCGGCAAACGAUAAUGAAGGGUUGGAGUACUUUGAGAUUCAACCAGAGUCUGGUUGGAUCGUCUUAAAGAAGCCUCUAGACGAGCAGGGCUGUUUUCCACGUGACAUCUAUCGCCUGCGAGUACGGGCCUCCGACAGAGGGACGCAAGUGUUGCACGCAGACGUGGACGUUGAGUUAGACGUCGUAGACAGAAACAAUAAACCACCUGUGUGGGAUAAGAAUGUAUACGGCCCCACUCACAUCAAAGAAAAUGUCACAGUGGGUACUGUAGUGACGUCGGUGAAAGCCAGCUCGGGAAUCGACUCUAAUCCGACGGUGUUUUACCGGUUAAUGCCUGGAUCCACGGCUCAAACCAACAAGUUUCACACGUUUUACCUUCAGCAACGAGCCGAGAAGGAUGUCACCUGGGCCGAUAUCAAGGUUAACCAUCCUUUGGAUUACGAGAGCAUAAAGGAGUACAAUCUGACUAUACGAGUCGAGAACAAUGGCGCCCAGCAGCUUGCUUCUGAAGCGACGGUCCACAUUGUCUUGGAGGACGUUAACGACGAAAUACCUUUGUUCACCGAACGUGAGCAAGAAACCGUUCUGGAGGGUGAACCGGUUGGCAGUAAAGUUACUCAAGUCAACGCGAUUGAUAAGGAUGGCACCUUCCCGAAUAAUCGGGUGACCUACUACGUGGUAAACAGCAGCAGGAACGAAGGAAAGGACUACUUCGAAAUCAACAGCGAGACGGGCGAGAUCUUCACGAAGGUGGUGUUCGAUCGUGAAAAACAAGGCGCUUACGCAUUAGAAGUUGAAGCCAGAGAUGGUGCACCAUCAGCGAGACCUAACAGCAACGGACAACCGAAUUCAGGGAAUACAGAUCAGUUGUAA